UGAGAGGAAUACGAACGUUAGUAGAUAUGUCAACUGUCAGAAGAGACCAAUUGUUGGAAUUGCAAGAAAGGGUACAAGAAAAGUGGAAUAGACUACAAAUCACUUCUAUAGACAUUCCCAAAGAAACCAAAGAAUACGAAAGGGAAACAGCGAACAAGGAAAGAUCAAAAUUUUUGGUCACGUUUCCUUAUCCGUAUAUGAACGGUUUUCUACACUUGGGACACGCGUUUUCACUGUCUAAAGCGGAAUUUGCUGCAAGGUAUCAACACUUGUGUGGGAAACGUUCUUUAUUUCCUUUUGCUUUUCAUUGUACAGGAAUGCCCAUUCAGGCCUGUGCAGAUAGACUUCGAAAGGAAAUAGAAGCGUUUGGUUGCCCUCCACUCUUUCCAGAAGACUUACAAGAACAAUGUGAAGUGGCUACAAAUGCUUCUGAACAACCGCAACAACAAUACAGCCAGUUGAUAAGGCUGAUCCUACCAAGUUCACCUCCAUGGAAAAUAUUGGAGUCUUUAGGAGUGCCUUGUGAUUUGGUUCCAAAGUUUGCUGAUCCUCUUUAUUGGUUACAAUAUUUUCCUCCUUAUGGUAUACGAGAUUUAAAACGUCUCGGUGUUUUUGUAGAUUGGAGAAGGUCAUUUAUUACAACGGAAGCUAAUCCCUUUUAUGACUCAUUUGUACGUUGGCAGUUCUGGACAUUAAAGGAACGAGGAAAAAUCAAGUUUGGUAAACGUUAUACCGUUUAUUCUCCUUUAGAUAGGCAAGCUUGUGCUGAUCAUGAUAGGGCAUCGGGUGAGGGUGCGGGACCAUUGGAGUACAUUGGUGUUAAAUUGCAGUUGGAAGAAGAGACUGUAGAGUCGCAUGCCGUUCUCAAGUCAUUAAAGAGAAAGCCAAUUUUUUUAAUUGCAGCUACAUUACGUCCAGAAACUAUUUAUGGUGUAACCAAUUGUUGGAUUGCUUCAAAUGGCACUUAUGGAGUUUAUGAAAUUAUAUAUCAGAGUGAUGAAUGGAAAGAUAAACCAGAGUCAGAAUAUUUUAUCAUGACGCCAAGAGCUGCUCGAAAUAUGGCUUUUCAAGGUUUUGAUGGAGGAGAAUUUGGAAAACCCAAGGAAAUAUUGCAACUCACAGGAGAGCAGUUGAUUGGAUUGUCUCUCAAGUCUCCAGAAUGUUCGUUUGAAAAGAUUUAUAUUCUGCCAAUGUUUAAUGUAUCUACGCAGAAAGGAACCGGUAUAGUUAUGUCAGUGCCUUCAGAUUCACCGGAUGACUAUCGUGCAUUAUUGGAUUUGAAAGAGAAAGCGGGUCUUCGAGAAAAGUUUCAUUUAAAGAAUGAAUGGGUAUUUCCUUUUGAACCUGUUCCUGUAGUUGAUGUUCCUACUUUUGGUGACUUGUCAGCAAAAGUAGCUUGUGAAAAGUUUCAUGUUCGUUCUCAGAAUGAUGUCGAUGCUUUGAAAAAGGCAAAGGAUUUAGUUUAUUUAAAAGGCUUCUACGAAGGAAAACUUCUGAAAGGACCUUAUGCAGGUGAACUUGUACAGGAAGCAAAAGCAAAGAUAAAAGGUGACCUCGUGUCUCAGAAGAAAGCUAUCGUAUACUGUGAACCAGAAUUUCCAGUUAUAUCCCGUUCUGGAGACGAAUGUGUAGUUGCAUUGGUCGACCAGUGGUAUUUAGAUUACGGAGAACCGAAUUGGAGAGAAUUGGCUAAGAAAUGCUUGAGUCGUAUGAAUACUUUUGGAACGGAGACUCAACGAAGCUUUGAGUUUACUUUUGAUUGGCUUCAUGAAUGGGCUUGUUCUCGCUCAUUUGGUUUAGGAACAAAACUUCCUUGGGAUCCACAAUAUGUUAUUGAGUCACUUUCAGAUUCUACCAUUUAUAUGGCAUAUUAUACUGUAGCCCAUUUGAUUCAAGGAGAAGACAACUUAGAUGGAAAGAAACCCAAUCCAAUUGGUAUAAAAGCAGAGCAAAUGACUCCUGCAGUUUGGAACUUUAUUUUCUUAGGUGAAAAUUUGUCCGAGGAACAAUGGAAUGAAUGCUCCAUUCCAAAAUGGAAGUUGGAAUUGUUAAGAAAAGAAUUUUGUUACUGGUAUCCAAUGGAUUUGCGAGUUUCAGGAAAAGAUCUGAUUGGAAACCAUCUCACUUUUUGUAUUUAUAAUCACGUUGCUCUUUUUAAUCAAGAGAACUGGCCUCGUGCAUUUCGUGCCAAUGGCCAUAUGAUGAUCAACUCGGAAAAGAUGAGUAAGAGUACUGGUAAUUUUUUGACUUUACAAGAGGCAAUCGACAAGUAUUCUUCAGAUGCUGUAAGAUUUGCCUUGGCGGAUGCAGGAGAUGGAGUUGAAGAUGCCAAUUUCCAAUUGAAGACUGCAGAUGAUGCUGUAUUGAAGCUCACAGCCUUGUUAGCUUUUGUAAAAGAAGGUUGUGAACAAUUAGAAAUAAUGCGAACGGAAGCAGCUGAGACCUCUAGUCGUUUUGAAGAUCGCGUAUUUCUAUCGGAAAUUCGACGAACCAUUCGGCUAUGUAAAGAGAAAUAUGAUGAAAUGUUGUAUAGAGAGGCUUUGAAAAUAGGAUUCUUUGAAUUUCAGGAAGCACUUGGAAGAUACAGAAAAGUGGUUCAUGCAGAUAAAUCCAAAUCAACCAUGAAUGACGUUAACCGAGAAUUGUUUUUAUUCUAUUGUCAAAUUCAGGCUUUAGUUCUUUGUCCUGUUUGUCCUCAUACCAGUGAAAUGAUUUGGGAGUGGAUUGCAAAGGCAACGCAACAAAAUGCAGAAGCAAGUAUUUUACAGUCACAUUGGCCAACUGUAGAAUUUGAAGAUGAAAGUAUACUGGCCGCUUCCCGUUAUUUGGAAGAUACUUUGCAUCGCAUGAGACUGCAAAUGAUGCCUAAAAAGUCCAAAAAGUCCAAUCAACAACUCAAGUCUCCAAAAAGUGCAACGAUAGUCGUUUGUGUUGAGCCUCCUUAUUGGCAACGCAAGUCUGUCGAUUUGUUGCGUUCAGUAUUUAAUGCUUCCUCCAAUGAAUUUGAAGCAGACAUUCCCAAAUUGAUAUCUUCUUGUGAAGACUUAAAGGAUAAUAUAAAAAAGGUCAUGUCAUUCGUUGGUAUGAUACGAGAUAAGACAAAAGAGCAAGGUGCACCUGCUUUAGAUCUGAAACUUUUAUUUGACGAAGUGGAUGUGCUUUUACAGAAUAGAACAUAUGUCAUGGAAGAGUUAUCUUUAAAGAGUCUGCUAGUCAUAAAGAGUUGCGAUGUAGUAGAAGAAACUAGAAAGGAGCUUAUAUCAGCUGCGAGGGAAUCUUUGCCAACCAAGCCCACAUUUGUAUUUGAAUACGAAGAAAAUUAGCUCUAUUGCAGAUUGAGAGUGGCUC